UAACAUACUUUGAGACACUUUGAUAUUAAAUGAGACUAACUUGUUGUCUCAUGACAUUAUUGUGUUUUCUUUUAAAAUGAAGUGGUUUAAAGACUUUAAGUUGCUAUCAUGGAAAAAUUUUCUUCUUCAAAAACGUCGUCCUUUUUCCACUUUUUUUGAGAUAUUUCUUCCUUUAUUUUUUAUGGUAAUUUUACUUGUUUUGCGAAUUACAGUUAUAAAGCAAAAGCAAGAUCAUGAAUACAGAUGGGAUGCUUUUAGUAUUACAAACCAAAUUCCUGUUAAUUCUCCUUCUGAUGGCAGGUGGAAAAUUGCUUAUGCUCCUAAUAAUACCCAAUACUUUUCAAUUAUGUCUAACUUUAUGUCAUAUCUAGAUGCUGGUAUAGCUCCAUUUCAAACUGAGAAAGAUCUAAUUGAUGUAGUUGUUAUUGAUUUGGAAAAGGAAGUUUCAAAUCAAACUUAUUUAUGUGGAGUUGUAUUUGAUGGAGCUUAUAACGACAAAGAAAUAAAAUACAGACUCAGAUUUCCUUCUGAUCUGCGUAAACCAUCUAAUCCCCAAGCAAUUAACCCUCAGACAUGGUUUACUGAGUUAGUUUUUCCAUCUACCUUUCAAGGUUUAGGCCCACGAACAAAAGAUUCCUUAUAUGGUGGACCCCCUGAUUAUUUCAAUGUUGGCUUCCUUUCAGUUCAAAGAGCGCUUGAUUUAGCAAUUAUCAAAAACCAAAAUAAGUCCUUUGACAUUCAAAAUAUGAGCAUUUCUAUGCAGAGAUUUCCUUAUCCAAAAAAAUUAUUAGAUCCUUUUAUCGGUGUGAUUCAAACAGUACUUCCUUUGCUUUUGAUGUUGUCUCUUGUCUAUACUGCUCUAUCUAAUGUUAAAAAUGUUGUCUUCGAAAAAGAGCACAAAUUAAAGGAAUCAAUGAAAAUGAUGGGUCUUCGGAAUUGGAUUCACUGGCUGGCUUGGUUUACUAAAUGCUUUAUUUUCCUUCUUAUUCCUAUGAUUCUUAUUUCUAUUGUAAUGUGUGUUGAUUUUGGAAGAGGAAAAAUGCUUACUAAGUCAAAUGGUGUAAUAAUCUUCAUAUUCCUUGUUUUGUACUCAAUUUCUUCAAUAAUGUUUUGCUUUUUAGUUUCAACCUUAUUUUCAAAAGCAAACACUGCUGCAGCUGCUGGUGGUAUUUUAUGGUUUCUCUCAUAUGUUCCGUAUUCAUUUCUUGCUAAAUCCUAUGAUACUCUUUCAACAAAAAUCAAAAUUUUAGCAUGUCUUGAUUUUCAAAUAGCCAUGUCUUUAGGCUCGAAUUUAAUUGGUCAGUUUGAAGGUCAAGGAAGUGGAUUGCAAUGGGAUAAUAUAAAUAAAGGAGUUACUAUUGAUACAACAUUUACUUUUUUACAAGUUUUGUUAAUGUUUUUAGUAGACAUUGUAUUUUAUGGGUUAUUGACAUGGUAUAUAGAAGCAGUGUUUCCAGGAGAGUAUGGAAUACCACAAAAAUGGAAUUUUUUUCUCACUAAAAGCUAUUGGUUUGGAUAUCAAUAUGAUGGUAGAUUAUGUUCAGUUGGUGCAAAUUUGAGUCCUAGCUCUCUGAAAUGUGGUUUUCAGCUCCUAGAUUUCAAUCCAAUAAAACAUAACAACGAAUUUAUUGAAAGGUAUCCAGAAGGAUUGAAUCCUGGAAUAUCAAUACGAAAUCUAAGCAAAGUGUUCAAGACAGAGAAUGGUACAAAAGUAGCUGUUGAUGAUUUAUCGUUGAAUCUUUAUGAUGGUGAGAUCACAGCUUUUCUUGGACAUAAUGGUGCUGGCAAAACAACUACAAUAUCCAUGCUAACAGGUUUGAUACCUCCAUCCUCUGGAACUGCAAUUAUUAACAACUAUAAUAUUUUAAAAGAUAUUGGUUCUGUGAGAAAAAGUCUUGGUAUUUGUCCUCAGCACAAUGUACUAUUUGAUCACCUCACUGUAGAAGAACAUUUAUGGUUUUUUACUAGCUUGAAAGGUGUUGAUGAUAAAAAUCUUAUUAAUGAUGAAGUCAAUCGUAUGAUUGACUUAGUUGGUUUGGCUGAUAAAAGGAAAUCAAAACCUAAUAGUUUGUCAGGGGGUAUGAAGCGUAAAUUAUCAGUAGGGAUUGCUCUUGUUGGAAACUCUAAGAUAGUAAUACUAGAUGAACCCACAAGUGGUAUGGAUGUGUCUGCACGCCGAUUUACGUGGAAUUUAUUACAAAAAGAGCGCAAAGGUCGUACAAUACUGCUAACUACACAUUAUAUGGAUGAAGCGGAUGUUUUAGGUGAUCGAAUUGCUAUCAUGGCAGAUGGAAAACUCCAAUGUUAUGGGUCUUCACUAUUUUUAAAAAAAAAGUAUGGUGUAGGUUAUCAUAUGGUAAUGGUAAAAAAUACUAACUGCAAAGUUGAUCAAAUGACAAAGCUUGUAACUAAGCAUAUUCCAACAGCGUCCCUUGAAAAUGAUGAUGGUAUGGAAUUGUCUUACAUACUUCCUAGUGACUAUGUUUCGGUUUUUGAAAGUUUAUUUUCUGAAAUUGAAAAUCGGCGUGAAGAACUAGGAAUAUCAAGUUAUGGUGCAUCUAUUACAACUUUAGAAGAAGUGUUUUUAAAAGUUUGUGAAAAUGCUGAAGAAAUGCAAAAUGGUGACCAAAACAUAAUAAAAGAAAUAGGCUUAAGCUCAAGUUUGCCUGAUAUUCUCCCUGAUGUGUUACCUUCAUCUAAGCCACUAAGCAUGCAGCUUCUUGAUCCACCUUCACUUUUGUCACAAAAAAAUAUUGGUUGGACUCUCUCAGUCCAGCAGUGGUAUGCAAUGUUUUUAAAACGAUUUCUUCAAUCUAAAAGAUAUAAAGCUGCACUUAUAUCUCAACUUAUUAUGCCUGGUUUAUUUGUAAUGCUUGCAUUGCUAAUUGUAAAAGCUAUGCCAAAAGCUGAAGACCCCCCUCCUCGUCUUCUUGAUUUAAGUAUGUUUGGAUCUAGUAAUGUUGUUUUAAAGGGAAACAGCUCAAGUGUUUUUGAUGUCUCAAUCUAUGAAAGUUUCAUAAAUAGCAAAAAAUCUGUUUUAAAACAAGCUGACCAAAAUGUGGUAGAUUAUUUAUUAUUGCUAGAAACACGUGGUUUAGGAGAAUUUAACUUAAAGUAUCUGAUUGGUUUAGAGCUUAAUUAUACAAUUAAAGAAGCUACUAUGUGGUUUAACAAUGAAGCAUUUCAUGCUGCCCCAGUUUCAUUGAACGCUUUUACAAACUCAUUACUACGUAUGUAUAAGCCUGAAUGUUCUAUCUCUUCUACAAAUGAUCCUUUACCAAAAACUGUAAAGCAAAGCAUAUCUGAUCUUUCUAUUAAUCCUAAUGGUUUUCAAAUUGGAUUUAUGUUGGUGUUUGCUAUGGCUUUCUUAGCCUCCAGCUUCAUUGUUUUUUUAGUACAAGAGAAGGCUUCAGGUUCAAAACAUGUUCAAUUUGUUAGUGGUAUUAAUCCAUUUAGUUACUGGUCAUCUGCAUACAUAUGGGAUUUAAUUAAUUUUAGUCUGCCUGUUAUUCUUAUUGUUAUAAUAUUUGAGAUUUUUCAACAAGAGGCUUUUAUAGGUGAUAGACUUGGCUAUGCUGUAUUGUUAUUAGUCCUCUAUGGAAUGGCUGUCAUUCCUUUUAUGUAUUUGUUUUCAUUUUUAUUUGUUGUUGCCUCUACUGGUUUUACCAGGAUGACUAUUUUAAAUGUUAUAACAGGAUUGGCAACUUUGCUUGUUAUCUUCAUAUUAAAUUUGACUUCUCCCGAUUUGCAAGAUGUAACAAAUGUUUUAAAGUGGAUUUUUUUAGUGCUACCUAACUACUGUCUUGGUCAAGGAAUAAUUGAUAUUUUUAAUAACUUUCAGUAUAUAAAUAUCUUUGAUAAAUCUUUACAAAUGUGUAUUGAUAAUCUUAGCAAAAAAUUUAUGUCAUCACCUGUAAUUAAUGAAUUAUGUAUGAAUAUUACACAAGAAAUGUUUACAAAGCAAUCAAUUACUUUUCAAAAAAAUUAUUUGUCAUGGUACAAUCCUGGAAUAGGUCGGUACUUAGUAUUUAUGGUGCUUCAAGCUGUGGUUUUCUUUUCUCUGGUUUUAUUUAUUGAGUAUAACAUUUUAAAAAAAUUUGUAUUUCUCAUAAAAAGUCUGGUUUUCAAUAGAAACCGAGUGCAACAUUUAGUUGAGCCAGGUUUACAAUUAGAUGAUGAUGUUGAAAAUGAACAAAUGCGAAUUAAGCAAGGUGAUACUUCAAAUUGUGUAUUAAAGCUAGAUGGACUUACUAAAGUAUAUGGCUCUAAGUUUGGUGAAGAAUUUUUAGCUGUAGACAAUAUAUCUCUUGGUAUACAAUAUGGAGAAUGCUUUGGAUUAAUUGGGCAAAAUGGGGCUGGUAAAACAACCACAUUUAAAAUGCUAACUGGAGAUGAAACCAUUACUAGUGGAAUGGCAUUUAUUGAUAAAUUCAAUGUAGCAACAGAAAUGGCGCAGGUUCGUCAAAAAAUGGGUUAUUGUCCUCAAUUCGAUUCUUUAAACGAUUUGAUGACUGGUCGUGAGCAUCUAGAAAUGUAUUGUCGAUUACGAGGUGUCCCUGAGAAAAACAUUCCAUAUUUAGUUAAAUUUCUUGCAAAAAGUUUGUCUUUUGAUCAGCAUAUAGAUAAAGUCACCAAGGCGUAUAGUGGUGGUAAUAAGAGAAAGCUAUGCACAGCAAUUGCCCUUGCAGGUGAUCCACCACUUAUAUUCUUAGAUGAGCCAUCAUCAGGAAUGGAUCCUACAGCAAGACGAAUGUUGUGGAAUUCUUUAUUUCGAGUUUUAAAGUCUGGCAAGUCGAUUGUUAUAACAUCACAUCUUAUGGAGGAAUGUGAAGCAUUAUGCUCAAGAUUAGCUAUUAUGGUUAACGGACAGUUUAAAUGUAUUGGUAGUCCACAGCACUUAAAGAAUAAAUUUGGUGAAGGUUAUACGCUUAUUGCUCGAGUUGGUGGACUGCAUCCUGAAACAGCAUCUUUAAAACAUUUUAUAGAGACAAAGUUUCCUGGAUCUUUGCUUAAAGAUGAACAUCAAGGUUAUCUACAUUACCAACUAAAGAAUAAAAACAUAUCGUGGGCAAAUGUAUUUGGAGUGAUGGAGAGUGCUAAAGUUCAAUUCAAUAUUGAAGAUUACUCUGUUAGUCAAACUACCUUAGAGCAGAUAUUUUUGAAUUUUACAAGAUCUCAAAGAACAGAAGACGAAUAGUUUUGUAAACUUAUUUUGUAAUUUUUAAUUUAGCAACUUUGGUGAAGUAAUUUGUCAAAUAGUUUGUUUCAAAUAAUUUAUAUCAAAUAGUCAAAUAAUAUAUGUUGAAUAAUUUUCCAAUUUUUAUUCUUUUUUAAAAAGUUUAUAUAAAUUGUAUAUUUUAAAAUAUACAAAACAUGAUUUUAUAAAUUUCUAUUUUGUAUGUGUGCAUAUUGUGUUGAUGUUUUUUUUACACAAUAAAGAUGAUUAAAAAUGU